CCUGAGCACAGAGUUGAGCUCUCCCAACGAGGCAGAGCAGCAUCCUGCAAGGAAGAGCCCUGCCAAAGCCACCAUGCUCACCUCAAGGACAGCCGUGCUGCUCCUUGGGCUCCUCACCCUCUCGCCACGCUCCGAUGCAGCCCCUUACUCUCCAGCCGAGUGCUGCUUCGACUACGUAAAGGGCGUUCUCCGGCUGGAAAUCCUCGUGGGCUUCUACUCAACUUCCAAGGAAUGUUUUUUGCCAGCAAUUGUGUUUGACACCAAGAAAAAAGCCAAGAUCUGUGCAAACCCAGAGGAGAAAUGGGUGAAGAGAGCAGUUAGAGUGCUUCUAAAGAAGAAAGGACUUCAUGCCCCAACGAGAGAAAGUCCCUUGACCCUUCUUAGUACACGUCUGAAUUUUCGGAAAUGCAGCCUGAGUGGGGGGCAGGCAGAGGAUAAAAGACGGCUGGAGCCAGAGCCAGAGCCAGAGCCAGAGCCAGAGCCAGAGCCAGAGCCAGAGCCAGAGCCACGGGGCAGGCACGAGGAAGGGCCACCACACAGCCACCACCCAGCCACCAUGCUCCCUGCAAGGACUGUCCUGCUGCUCACCCUGCUCCUCACCUUCUCCCUGCACCACGCCACAGCCCACUUUGCACCGGUGGAAUGCUGCUUUAAGUACGCACAGAAACGCAUCCGGCACCCUCAGAGCUUCUACGAGACAUCCAAAGACUGCCCCAAACGUGCAGUUGUAAUUGUGUCUGCCAAUGGUGAUCACAUCUGUGCUGACCCCGAGAAGGACUGGGUGAAUAAAACCAUAAAACGGCUUCAAAAGCAAAAAUUAAACCCAUCCACCAUCUGAUUUCCCCAUCCAGUCUUCCUGUCUCUCGAGGGAGCCAAAGUGCUGGUAGCUGCUCUCCAGCAGCUGCUGUGGCCGUGGGCACCGUCCCUGCAGGCGGAGCCCCCCUGAACCCCGGCAGGAUCAGGUGCCACCGAGCCAUGGACCUGCCAGCAGCUCCUGCUGCCACUGCCCCGCCAAGAUGUGCUUGUGAAACAAAUAUUUAUAAUAAAGACUCAUUGCCACAA